AUGCCGAAGCCGCCGCUGCUGCUGCGGGGGAGCCGCCCCGGGGACAGCGAGCUGGGGCGGCAGUUCCGGGACUGGUGCCUGCGCACCUACGGGGACUCGGCCAAAACCAAGACGGUGACCCGGAGCAAGUACCAGCGCAUCGCCGAGGUGCUGCAGGGGGGAUCCGGCUCCGGCGGCGGCUCCGGCGGGGGGGAGAAAGGCAAGUUCCAGUUCUGGGUCCGGUCCAAGGGCUUCCGCCUGGGAAACGGCACCAGGGAGGCGACGAAGAUGGGUCAAGUGGUGGUUUAUGUGCCGGUGAAAACGGGAACGGGGGCAGAUGGACUGUCGGAGCCCGAGGGCAUCUCUCUGAAACGCGUGGCCGUGGUGGAAGAUUUCUUUGACAUCAUAUACUCCAUGCAUGUGGAGAGCUCGUCGGAGCCGGGCAAAGCACCCAAACAUGCCGGGCAGAAGAAAACCUACCGAGCGAUUGCAGAGACCUAUGCCUUUCUCCCAAGAGAAGCUGUGACCAGGUUCCUGAUGAGCUGCACCGAGUGCCAGAAGAGGAUGCAUUUCAACUCCAACGGACUGGAGCCCAAAGAGAGCGAACCACCUUCCUCUUUGGUUUCUGGGAUCAUUGACUACAACAUGCCUCUCACCUCUACUUAUCUGAAGCAAAUGAAGCUGCGGGUGAUGAAUUCGCAGGAACAGGAUGAGACAUCGGUGAGCAGCGAGGACUUUGAUAUGAACGACUCCACAUGGAUCUCAGCUGACCAGCACCUGAACUCCAGCCUGAGCCCCAGCCAGGACGAGAGCAUGCGCAGCCCGCAGAACCUGCACGGCCAGGAGGACGAUGACUCCUCAUCAGAGAGCUGCAGCGGGAAUGGCUCCUCCACCCUGAACCCCUCCACCUCCAGCAGCACGCAGGGCGACAGCGCCUUCCCCGAAAUGAACGGCAAUGGCACCGCGGCCCCCAUGGACUUCACCGCCUCCGCCGACGACCAGCCCAUCAACCUCUGCGACAAGCUGACGCCUGCCCACGUCACCCCCUCCUACCAGUCGGACAGCUGCAGCACCGACGGGCUGCGCAGCAGGGUCAAGUACGCGGUGAAGACCACGGCAGAGUCCCCUCCGUACAGCUCCGGCAGCUACGACUCCAUCAAGACCGAAGUCAGCGGCUGCCCCGAGGACCUGACCGUCGGCAGGGCCCCCACGGCCGAUGAAGAUGACGACGACCACGAUGACCACGAGGACAACGAUAAGAUAAAUGACUCGGAAGGGAUGGACCCGGAGAGGCUAAAGGCCUUCAACAUGUUCGUGCGCCUUUUCGUGGACGAGAACCUGGACCGGAUGGUUCCCAUCUCCAAGCAGCCCAAAGAGAAGAUCCAGGCCAUCAUCGAGUCCUGCAGCCGGCAGUUCCCAGAGUUCCAGGAGCGGGCUCGCAAGCGCAUCCGCACGUACCUCAAGUCCUGCCGCCGCAUGAAGAAGAACGGCAUGGAGAUGACCAGGCCCACGCCGCCGCACCUGACCUCAGCCAUGGCCGAGAACAUCCUGGCCGCCGCCUGUGAGAGCGAGACGCGGAAAGCAGCCAAGAGGAUGAGGCUGGAGAUCUACCAGACCUCCCAGGAUGAGCCGAUCGCUCUAGACAAGCAGCACUCCAGAGACUCCACAGCCAUCACCCACUCCUCCUAUUCACUGCCAGCCUCGUCCUACUCCCAAGACCCCGUCUACAUCAAUGGAAGCCUGAACUACAGCUACCGUGGCUACGGGUCCCUGGGAGGCAGCCUGCAGCCACCCGCGCCGCUCCAGACAGGGAACCACAGUAACGGUCCGACUGAUCUCAGCAUGAAAGGGGGAGCCUCCAGCACGGCCCCGUCCAACAGCACCAGCAGGGGAAUGCAGGCUGCCCAGCUCAGCCCCACGGAGAUCAGCGCGGUGCGGCAGCUGAUCGCCGGCUACCGGGAGUCUGCGGCGUUUCUGCUCCGAUCUGCAGAUGAACUGGAAAACCUCAUUUUACAGCAGAACUGACUCCUCGUGUCUGCAUCGCUCCUCUGUCAAGAAGACAAUUUAUACCUGCUAGAAAGAGGCUCCCAGCAGUGUCCUGCUCAGGACCACCAUCGUCCUCCCGUGAAGCAGUGGGUACAUGUAGUUUUAGAAGGUGGAAUCCAAAAGACCUGUUUUCUUUUACACUCCAAGCACCUGGGACUUCAGGCACAAGGACACAUUUUUGAACCGUACCACCACACGUGCGUCCAGCUGACCAGAAGCCAAACCUGCGGCUUGGAAGGAUGUGGGACUUUCAAGGGCAGAAGGGAGCCUGGGGAGGUUUGGGGCUGCAGAUGUAUUUAGAAUAACCUUUGUGGACCCAAAUGUUAGAAUCCCGUCCCCAGAUAAUUUCCAAGUCUUAGGUGAGCUGAAUCACAUAUUUAUUGAGAAAUGGACCCUCCUCUCCCCUUAGUAAUUUAUUUUUCUGAAAAUGGAUUCUUUUGAGUUUGUACAGAUUGCCAGUUUUUUGUCUGUCUGAUCAGAAGGAAUUUAUUCCUGUGAAAUAACACAUUCCAUAUCACUACACUACUAAUUUCCAGGCAGCUAUGCCUGUUUCUCUGGGGAGCCCUUGUCCCACAGGGUGCGAGUUUGCCAUCCAGCCCUCGCGCUUGUAGGUUGCUCAGCCCCCGGUAAGCGCAGGUGGAAGCUGACCAACGGAGGGAGCGUCCUGCUUAGACCUUUGCGCUAAGCAGCCCCGUGUAGCAGCAGCAGUGGGGGCUCAAUCUCCUGCAGAGACUCGGCAAGCUCAGCAGACCGGCUAGAAGGACGUCUCGCGCUCUUUUAAGUCAUUGCAGAUCAGAGAAGGAAGGAAGGAAGCACCUGAGAAACACUGUCUCGCGUUCACCAUCUGUAUUCUACCUCACACUCCAUUGUGGGCUUUUUCCAGGACUCCCGAGCUGGCUCUGUGACUGUAAGCGUGGCAGACAAGCGGACAGGACAGCACGGAGGAGCCCGGGACCAAACCAGCAGCCAAGGACCGACGGCGCCGCGCUCCGUCCCGCCGGGGUGCCGCCGCUGGCCCAGCGUGCGCUGACCACGCUCGCGCCGCGCUCCUCGGCGAGGGAGGCUGUGCUCAAAAGUCUGUGUGAAACCGACACUGGGGGUUGCAACAAGAGAAUAAACUAUUUAGAAACCACGCACGGGUGUAAUAAAGGCUAGCGCGGCCUCUCUGCGUGAAAGCAAGCUCCGCCAGCGAGCGGCUCGCUCCUUCCCAGAAGACGUUCGGGCACCGCUCAGCAGCAGACCUGACAAAAAAGCUCUCCAGGGCCCAGGAUCCUCCCCCCUCCCUGGCCACAGUCCUGGAACAAGCCCACAAUUCCCAAAGUGUGGAAAAAAAAAACAAAAAAAAACAUAGUCUGGUUACCAUUCUGCCCCAUUACCGUCCCUCUCCCCCAAUAAUGCACUU